UGGCGUCAGGGACAUUUCAAGUAGCCUGACCUCCAAUGACUGGCUCCCGCAGCUGACCAUCCAGGCCGCCAUGAAGGGGUCCCCAAGGCACCGGAGGGCGGAAAGGACCCGGGUCCCCCACCGACUCCAACGCCAUGCUGACCAAGGAGGAAGCAGCCGCCCACCGCGACGGAAAAAACCGCCUUAUAGUUACGCCAAUCUCAUCCAGUAUGCCAUAAACUCCGCCCCCGCCAGGCGAAUGACCCUCAGCGAGAUCUACCGCUGGAUUUUGUGACAACUUCCCACGUAUUACCCCCAACGCCGGGGUGGGAUGGAAGAACUCGAUCCGCCACAACCUGUCUCUGAACAAGUGUUUCCGGAAAGUGCCGCGCCCCCCAGGGACGACCCAGGAAAGGGAUCCUAUUGGAUGAUUGACAGCUGUCCAAAAGAAGACGUAGCCCUGCCCCGGAGGAAGAGGCCACAUCCCGAUGACGAGCUCUCCCAGGAUUCCACCGAACAGGAAGUCAAUAAGAGCCCCCUGAGCAACACCAGCGACGUGUCUGUGUCCACCGAGAACGCACAGGGACACCACAUGGAGAACAAUUCCCCCUCCCCAGCUACAGCCAGGCCGCCCCGGCUCACAUGCCGCCGGACUCCAGGGCCCCGUCCUUCAACAACAACGACUGCUACAAAUUUUCCUUCUCGGAAAUCCCCGACCUCAGCUGUUCCUUCCGCAGCCUGUACCGUACAUUGCAGGGACUCUCUCCUCUCCCCACUGAUGUCCAACAACCACCACCACCCCCUCCCCCACCUUCCGCCAGCUGCUGCAUGUACCAGCAGAAUUCAGGGGAGUCCUCGUCGCUGCACCCCCACAAUGUCCCCAGCAUCAGCAACCCCCAAUCUUCUUCACCACCAAGCCCAGCACCAGCAGCCGCCCUACCUACCCUCCCAGCAGAUGUCCCGGCCAGCUGCCCCCAGCAUGCCUCUGGGUCUCCCCAGCGACUGGUGUUCCAACAUCGACUCCCUAAAGGAGAGCUUCAAGAUCGUCAGUAACCUGGACUGGUCCACCGUAGACCUUUCCCAGUUCUCAGACCUCAUGGAGAGCCUGCGCCAGGCCGAGCUCAAGAACUGGAGCUUGGACCAGCACCACAUCGCCAGCCUGUGCGACUCAUUAACCCAUCUGCUAAGCCACACAGGUCUCCUGCCACCCACACAUGGCCAGACCUCAUCCUGCCAAUCUCCCUGCAUGCCCCCCACCACCAGCAGUUCCUGUGCACUUCAAGGAGCCAAGCCUGGGCACACCAUGGCAGUGGCCUCCUACGGGCAAAACCAGCCAACGCCAGUGUCUUGCGGUCAUAAUUUCACUGCACCCCCUGGAUAUCCAAUCCACACCCAAGCACCGCCAACAUACAGCCAGCAAGGUCGCCACCCCCAGCGAACUCUGUACCCGCCCCCCCCGUCCAGCGCUGCGCCAUCCGCACAACGAUGAAAUUGAAGAUACCUUUGACUGGGACUCGAUCGCUUAG